AUGGAUUUGCUAUCUGCAGUCUCACCCUCUUUAGUUCUACCCCCAAACAAUCCCCUUUGUCCUCGGCCUCGCCAAAUGGGCUUCUAUAUUUCUUGUCCUCGUUUACAAAAUCUGAGUCGUCGUUCUUGUUCUUUCUCCGGUACGCGCCUGAACUCACCCGUGAAGCUCUCUAGGAGAUCAUGGAGGCGAGCUUCUAGCAAAUCAGACGGUGGUGGAACCACUGAUGAGGACAAAGAUGAUAACGGGACGGAGGAGGUGGAGAGAGCGCUUCACCUUGACGGAACCAUUCCUGGGACUUCGGACGAGUUCAUGAAGCAGGUCUCGUCACGUGCCUACGAUAUGCGAAGACACCUCCAGCAGACAGUCGAUAGCAGCAGCUACGAUGGUAUAUAG